AUGCGGAAGCUGGGAAUACAAAAGAACAACAAUUGGUUCGUGAACAAAACGAACGUCAAAUUUCCCGAAGAGGUAAGGUGGCUACUAUCACUGGGGAAAAAGUUCACAUUACCAACAACAAGGACAAGUUUCUCACCAAUACUCACUAUAGCAGAAAUGGAACAAAUAAUCAUGGGGAUAAAAAACGAAAAGGAGAAAGAAACAGCGAGAAAUAAGUUGAGCAACAGAAUUCUACUGUUCAAGCGGAAUAUUAAACACAACUCUGCCGAAAAAUUCAUUUUAGCUGCAUUUAACCAAACAAAGGCGUUUCUGAGAUCCCACAAAAACAUUGUUAUAACAGAUGCUGACAAGGGCAAUAAGACAGUAGCAAUGUACGAAUCGGAAUACAUUGAAAAGAUAAACAAAUUACUAGAAGACAAAAACACAUACAAAACUUCAAGAACAGACCCAACGAGCACUCUGCAGAGAAAAAACAAUAAAAUAGUUGAUGAGCUCUACAAAGCCAAACACAUAAACAAAAGGGAAAAGCAGCUUCUCACCAGCACCGCAGCUGCAGCGCCAAGGCUAUAUGGGCUGCCGAAAAUUCACAAACCGCAAGUUCCUUUACGCCCCAUUGCUUCGUCAGUCAUGGUCCCCUGUUACAAGUUAUCCAAAUAUGUCGGAGAAAUACUCAAGCCAUUGAUUUCAGAGAGAUACAAUGUGAAGAAUGCGUUUAAUUUGAAAGAGAGAUUAACGAAUAUAAGUGUAUGUGAUGAAGAUGUUUUAGUGUCGUUCGAUGUCAUCUCCUUGUUUACGAAUAUACCGACAAUGUUAGCCACAAAAAUUAUUAUGAAAAAGUGGGACCAGAUACAACGGACAACCAGCAUUCCAAAACACAAAUUCCAACAAAUUCUUGACUUCUGCCUUAAAGAUAAUAACUACUUCAUGUGCAAUAACAAACUAUACACCCAAACAUUUGGAAUGCCAAUGGGCAACCCCCUCUCACCGACAAUUGCCGACAUCAUUAUGGACGACCUUCUGGACAACACCAUCUCGGAGCUGAAACAACACUUCAACAUUGACAUCAAGUUUAUCAACAAAUAUGUAGACGAUAUUUUUGCAAUAACAAACCGCAACGACGUGAAUACAAUUCUAGAGACGCUAAACAAAUACCACCCAAAACUUCAGUUUACCAUGGAAAUGGAAGAAAACGCGAGCAUUCCUUUCCUUGAUGUCCGUAUACACAAAAACAACAACAAUAUUGUUCUAAACUGGUACUCGAAACCAACGUCGUCUGGACGCCUGAUCAAUUAUCUCUCCUCCCAACCAAGAAAAUAUAAAAUCAACACCGCGAAAAAUCUUAUACACAAAAUACUGACGAUAAGCGACCAAAAAUUUCACGAAGCCAACAUAGAGAAAAUACACAGCAUUUUGAAAAGCAACAAUUAUCCCAAUCACCUGAUACGCGAACUAAUAAAACAAGAAACAAUGCGAAUAGGAAAUCAGCAAAAUAAAACGCCGACCACAGCAACAGCAAAUACACCAAAGAAGUACUACAGCGUCACUUACAUCCCCAAGCUAAGCGAAAACUUUGAUCACAGCACAUUAAAGGAACAAAACAUAACUCUCGCCUACAAAACAAAUAACACGUUAGCUAGAAUCUACACAAGAACAAAAAGCCCACUAGACAUACAGCAACAAAACAACGUUGUUUAUGAAAUACAAUGUAAGGGCAAAGAGAACGAAAACUGUGGUAAAGUGUACAUAGGGACAACAAAACGCGCAUUAGGUGUUCGUAUAGCCGAACAUAAAACAGAUAUAAGGAAACAAAAACACAGCACAGCCCUAUCACAGCACAUAUUAAACAGCGGCCACACAGCUGAUUUCACUAACACUAGGAUUAUUGACAAGGAAAAGAGGGAAAUGACGAGAUACACUUUGGAAAGCUUAAGAAUAUUAGAAAAAAGGGAGAAUACGAUCAACAAAAAAGAAGAUACGGACAACAUCGCGGCCGCCUACAUGUUAUGCAUAUCAAAAUAA